AUGACAUCGCAGAGGCUGGUCAGCUGUGGCCUCACAUCCAGCUGCUGCCAGGACCUGGCCUCUGUGCUCAGCACCAGCCCCAGCCUGAUGGAGCUCGACCUGCAGGAGAACGACCUGGGAGACCUUGGCGUGAGGCUGCUCUGCGAGGGGGUGUGGCAUCCCGCCUGCCGACUCAGGCUCCUGGGGCUGGACCAGGCCCCGCUGAGUGAGGAGCUGAGGGAGCACCUGAGGGCCCUGCAGGAAGACAAGCCUCAGCUGCUCAUCUCUGGCAGAGAGAAACGGAGUGCGGUGAUCCCUAAGGAGCGCUGGGACAGAAGGAAGAUGACUAGAAACAGGCCCUUCCUGAAUAAGCAGAGGCCAGAAUCAGAGGGAAGCUCCUCACAGGUAGCACAGACGGUGGAACCCUUCUGUCUGUCUUCUCCUGCCUCUCCGAGGGACUUGCACAUGGAGCCUCUGGGGACCGAAGAUGACUUCUGGGGCCCCACAGGACCUGUGGCCACUGAGGUAGUGGACAAAGACAGGAGCCUGUACCGAGUUCACUUCCCCGGGUCUGGCUCCUACUACUGGCCCAACACAGGCCUCCACUUUGUGGUGAGAGGGGCAGUGACCAUCGACAUUGAGUUCUGUUCCUGGGACCAGUUCCUGCGUGGGACCAGCCCACAGCACAGCUGGAUGGUGGCAGGGCCUCUGUUUGACAUCAGGGCUGAGGCGGGAUCCGUGGCAGCUGUGCACCUCCCUCACUUUGUGGACCUCCAAGGCGGCCAUGUGGACAUCUCCCUGUUCCAAGUGGCCCACUUUAAAGAGGAGGGGAUGCUCCUGGAGAAGCCAGCCAGAGUGGAGCCACAUCACACCGUGCUGGAAAACCCCAGCUUCUCCCCCAUGGGAGUUCUGAUGAGAAUGGUCCAUGCAGCCCUGCGUUUCAUUCCCAUCACUUCCACAGUGUUGCUCUACCAUCACCUCCAUCCUGAGGAAGUCGUCUUCCACCUCUACGUGAUCCCCAGUGACUGCUCCAUUCGGAAGGCCAUCGAUGAUGAAGAAAAGAAGUUCCAGUUUGUGCAAAUACACAAGCCACCCCCGCUGACCUCACUGUAUAUGGGCUCUUGCUACACUGUGUCUGGCCCAGCAAAACUGGAAAUAAUCCCCAAAGAACUGGAGCUCUGCUAUCGGAGCCUUGGAGAACCCCAACUGUUCUCGGAGAUCUAUGUUGACCAUUUGGGGUCAGGGAUCAGGCUGCGACUGAGAGACAAGAAAGACAGGACGGUGGUGUGGAAGGCCUUGGUGAAACCAGGAGAUCUCAGACCUGCAGCUAUCCUGGACCCUCCAGCCCCCGUAGACACCCCGGCCUUGCUGCACUUUGUAGACUGGUACCGAGAGCAGCUGGUGGCACGAGUGACAUCGGUGGACCCUGUCUUGGACAAGCUGUAUGGACAGGUGCUGAGCGAGGAGCAGUAUGAGCAGGUGCGGGCCGAGGCCACCAGGCCGUGCCAGAUGCGAAAGCUGUUCAGCUUCAGCCAGUCCUGGGACCAGGCCUGCAAAGAUCAACUCUACCAAGCCCUGAAAGAGACCCACCCUCACCUCAUCAUGGAACUCUGGGAGAAGGGGGAUGGUAUAGGGGGCCUCCCGUCACUCAGAAGCUGAGUCUGAAUACCCACCUUUGAGUCCUGGCUCUGCCUGACCCUUCUUUGGGUCUCAGUUUCUUCAUCUGUAAACAAGAUGCCAUCUGACUUAUCUUCAGCACUAAAAAUGAUGGAGCUUUGCUGCUGCUGCUUCUGGGCUUGAUAUGUCCACGCCCAGUGAUGCCACACAGAUUCCAGACUGCCUCCUGUGGCCUUCACAGGCUGCGGUCCAGGUGGGAUAACUGCAUCUCAGGGAAUAACGUCCAUCUGGAACUGGCAAGAGUCCUGCAGACCUCGCAGAGACCCGUCUGGUGGCCACAGCAGCCAAGCCCAGAGCCCUCCCUGUCCCAUCCAGAUGCAAGGAGGUGUAGGAGGAACAUGGGACUGCUCCACUCUGGCUGGAGACAGACAAUGGAAAUGGACACGCAUCCUUGGGGAGGCUGACUUGGCUAUGAAUUGGGGGGGGGGGGCAGCGUGUGAAGAUCCAUGAUUUAUUUUUCAGUUGUUGUUCUAUCCAGCCAAACCCACUCCUGCUGUUGGGAGUCACCCCAAAAGCAGCAGUAGGGGAAUUCUCGCAAGGGAGUGUGCCAAGCAGUCCCAAGAUGGGGCCAGUUGGAUUCCAAAGAAAGAAGCACUGAACAGCAGAGUGAUCAGUCCAAACCAUGUGUUAGUGGAACUACACAGAGCGGGCUGCAGUGCACCCUCCAGGCUGGAGAAAAGGGCUGUUCUACCCAGGUGUGUCCACAGCAAGGGGUCAGGUAUGCAGUUUACAUGAUGGUUUAUGAAAUUUGGCUCAAGGCAGGGGCCAGAUUCUUUCAGUGUUUUGGGCAACAACCUAGAUACCUUGAUCAGUGCCUGCGAACUUUCAAGGCCCUAGUUUUGGUUCAAGCCUACUGGGAAAAGAGGCAGCUGGCUGGGUCACAGAGCAGUCAAGGCAUUCUGUGAUUUUCCAUCAGGACACAGAAAGAAAACAGGGGCAACUGGGGGGACGCUACACACCUUGUUGACUCCCUGACUUUUCUGCCCAGACCAUGUUGCUCACACGUUCGAUAAAUUUGGCUGGCUGUGGGGACCUUCCUCUGGAGAUCAGAGUGUUCUUGAACUUUUGUGUCCCAGCUCUUGCACAUGUCCUUAAUAGAAUGAAGUCUCAGGACACCAACACUCUAAGAUGUUCUUUACCUGUGAUCCAGGUAACUGUGCUAUUCUUUGGUCCCACAUAGGAUAAGCCUGAUAGCACAAUACUGCCAGGACUCUGCACUCAAGUUUCGGGCUCUCCACUUCCAAAGACCAGAAAGCUGUGCAUGAUAAACUUGCUGGUUUGAACAAACUGUACAUCAGCUGCCUGUGAUAGCAGUUUUCUGCUGAAUGUGACAGGUGUACAAUUUGCAUCUUCAGCUAUCUUAAGAGAUAAAAGUGGGCCAUCUUUGUUUCAGAUAUUAUUUCUCUCUCCAUAUGGCCAAAGCCCUCAUGGAAGUCCCUCAGAAGCAUGAGAGAGUCUUCUUAGGACAGAACUAUUUUCAUUCCCCUGCACUGGGCAUGACAUCUCACGGGACAGUGCCUAUCCACAUCAGCCUAAGAGCUGAUUCUGACUCCAUUUGGCAGGUAAAAACCCAGAUCUCUCUACAGGAAGCUCUGAUCCUCUUUAUCAGGAACCUACAGGUGGAGUCUGGUAGCUCAGGUUCUGCCCAAGUUGCUGUUGCCAAGUUUUAGCUUCCAGUUGGGGGUUGCAGUGAUUGUUGGGGCCACAACAUUAACCAUCAUUGCAAGCAGGAUGUAUGGGAGCAGCCUGCAACUUCCUGCCAGACCACCUCUAGGAGUGCCUGACUUUGGGGGCAGACUCAAACAGCAUUUGUUCCAUUGCUGAUGGUAUUUCCAAUAUCCUGGGGGUGUGUUCAAAGAGCAAGAGAGCACAGGCAUCCUAGAAGCUGAACCCAGACAUGUGUCUGCAGGUAUGGCUACCCAGGCCUGCCCUGUUCUAAAAGUAUUACAUGUAUUAACUCAAUAAUUUUAAGUACAACCGUGUAUUUGUCAGGUUUGUCUAGACAAACAUAUGCACUAGGUUCUGUGUAUAUAUACAGGGCUCUCUGGAAUGUAUGCAGCCAUUGUUAAUAUAAUGAGAAUAGGCACUUGUUGGAUACUUUCCACAUGCACAUGGACAAUGAAUGGGGGUUGCUCCUGGUGUCUAGGCUGAGCCCAGAGGGGUCAGCAGGACCUGGAUCUAUCCCAGCAUUCAGUGGACAGGGUCAUCUCUUCCCCACCAUAGCAUUCUGGGGUCCUGAUCUUUCCUGUCUCUGAACCCAGGGCCAGCCCCUCCACCUCCAGAACUUCCUGGCAGACUUGAGCAUGGGAGGCUGUUUGGCUCCCACAUUCCUAGAGCCUGAGGGGAAUUUCAGCCCUAAGAAGCCUCUGGAAACCCAUCCCCUACCACUACACAAAGUUCACGGCAGAGGGAAAGCCCAAGAAAUAGAGGUGAGCCAGAACCCAGGGUGGGGUCUCCAUUGAGUCUGACAGUCCCGAAGACUCUCUGUAAUGACCAUGUUAUGAAAACAAAGGACAGUGAGGGACCCUGGGGUGGGGGUGGGUCUGCUCCUCCAUGCCUGUCCCUUCUAGGAGCCAUGCUCAGGGAGAUGACACUGGCCCCUUACCUCCAACCCAGCACCCCACAGACAAAAGCCACCAGCACUAAUGAGAAACAAUACAUCUAUUAGGAACAUUAGGAAGCAAUACAUGUCUUAGUAGGAGGAAGCCAUUAGCAUAUAAGGGAUGUGAUACCAUGAGACAAAACAGGUCUUCUCUGAAUGUACCAACUUUCUCUUGGAGAAAACUUCCCACCAUGAAAGGCAUGAGCAGCAUGGUCUGGUGGAGCAGACAACCAUGUCGGGUGAUAGUGAAGGUGGCCCAAGGCUCUUGCCAUCCUUAGCUCAUGGUGGCAGGAACUGGCUGGGGGCACCAGCUCCCUGAGUGGAGAAGCCCAACUGCUGUC